CGAUAAUGACACCUGUCAAUUCUCAAUUCAAAGAAUUUUGUGAGUUACGCUUUUACUAGAACUGCAAAUCACUUAUCAGCGAAUACUACGAGUUACGAAAGGGUUCCCUUCUCAAAUUCCCACCAAGUCAUUUCAAAGAUUUAGUCAUGCAAUCGUCUUCUUCUAACAUUGUCUCAAAUAACUGGGAGGAAGUGGAUAGCAAAGAGAUUAAAAACCUGGUAACUGAAACAAACGGGAAAAAGGAAAACAUUCUAAUCGGAAAAGAAGACGUGCUUCUUCACCAUUUGGAUAUAAGCAUUGUAGAAGCGGAAAAGCGCAUUAAUGGUCCACUAACUUUGAAAGAAUACUAUUCAGUCUAUCUCAUUGAAACAAAGGCCACUGAUAAGAACUGGAGAGGAGGGCUUUCCCCUACUGGUUCAGUUUGGAGACGCUACAGUGAGUUCGAAUUACUGAGGUUCCAACUAGAGAACAAGUAUCCUGAAGCAAUUAUCCCACCUUUACCUGAAAAAAAGGCGUCAUUCACUCGCCAAAGUCAAAGCAGUGAUAAUAUUGAUCCUGUAUUUGUUGAUCGUCGAAGAGUAGGAUUGGAGAACUUCCUCUUGCGUGUUGCCGCCCAUCCCAUUUUAUGCCACGACCAAGUCUUGCUCAAGUUUCUUCAAUCAGAUCGCGAGUGGUCAGAUCUCGACGUUAAUGCAGAUGGCGGGAAAUAUGUUCAGCAAGCAGAGUUCAAAUUGAAAUCUAUCAGCACCGCUUUGAGAUUGAAAAAACCCGAUGAUCAUAUGGAAGAAAUUCGCCACUACAGUUCAGAACUACAGUCAAGUUUGGGGAACCUGUUGAGGCUUCGCGUCCGUCUAGCCGAUCGUCUCUUUGCUAUCCACAAGCUACAUGCUAAUUAUGGAAGAGUUUUUAGUGAGUGGAGUGCCUUAGAGAAAACAAUGGGAGACGGUUUGCAGAAAGCUGGGCAUUAUAUGGAUUGUUACGCUGCAGCUAUUGACGCACACAUGGAAGAGGAAGAUAUUGUUGCAGAUCAGCUGAAAGAAUAUCUUUUCUUUGGUAAUGCAUUGCAAGGACUUAGCAGCCGGCACCAAAUGGCUCAACUUGAGGUCGAGAAAGCCGAAUCGCACCUGAAUUUGCAGCAGUACAACAAAAGCAGAUCGCUGGGACAGGAUGGUUAUCUCACCAAGCUUUGGGGGAAAUGGACUGGAACAACGGAAACACCAGAUGAUCGCCAGGCAAAAAUCGAAACAAUCGAGCGUAAUAUUGACGAAGCUCAAGUACUAGUACAAACAGCGUCUACCCAGCUUAGUCAGUUUUCCAAGCAAGCCGUUAAUGAGGUGGAGCGCUUCCACCAGCACAAAAACGCAAAUCUUCAGGAAUCGUUGGCCAAUUACGUCAUCCUUCAAAUGAAAUUGUCCAAAAUGGGUCUGCAAACUUGGAAACAUGUCAAGGAAGCCCUGGAGGAUCUGCCUUGAGAAACUGAUUAUAUGCUGAAAACUGUUCUCUCGUCUGUGAUUCUGUCUCGCCUCACAAAUUUCACCUUCUCAGCUGAUAAUCUUUAAUAAUCGAUCCGUUUUGGGAGAUAUUGUCUCUAAAUUUUCUCGGCCUUUGUUCGCACACCUUUUCCAUUCUGAAUUUGUCCACGUGUUCUCUAAUUGUUCUAGCCUUGGAUUUAAUUUGUUCCUCCAUGUCAUCAUAAUCUAUACUUUAUACAGAUUUAAAUACCGAA